AUUCUGAAGCAAAUUGGUGAAGGAACUUAUGGUCAAGUUUUCAAAGCUAAAAUUAAAGAUACUGAUAAGCUAGUUGCCUUGAAAAAAGUCCGCACGGAUCAUGAAAGAGAAGGAUUUCCCAUUACUGCAGUCCGUGAAAUCAAAAUACUUAAACAACUGAAUCAUCAAAGUAUCGUGAACCUGUUAGGGAUAGUCUCAAACGUUGACGCUAAUAAUUUUAAAACUGAUCGAUGUGCUUUCUAUCUAGUAUUUGAAUAUAUGGAUCAUGACCUAAUGGGCCUGUUAGAAUCUGGUCUGGUCACUUUUGAUGAGGAGCAUAUAAGAUCGUUUAUGAGGCAAAUCAUGGAAGGCUUAAAUUAUUGUCAUAAGCGCCAGCUAUUGCAUCGAGAUAUCAAAUGUUCCAAUUUACUAAUGAAUAAUAAGGGUCAAAUUAAAAUUGCUGAUUUUGGUCUGGCAAGAUUCUACAAUCCGGACGAUAAAAGUCGCCCGUAUACAAAUAAAGUUAUAACGUUAUGGUAUCGUCCACCAGAAUUAUUACUUGGAGAAGAACGUUAUGGACCUUCCGUUGAUGUUUGGAGUUGCGGGUGCAUUUUGGGUGAAUUCUUUACGAAAAAGCCAAUAUUUCAAGCAAAUUCGGAAAUUAAUCAGUUAGAUUUAAUUAGCCAAAUAUGUGGUACGCCAUGUCCAGAAAACUGGCCCUCUGUAGUUGAACUUCCUUACUAUAACAACUUUAAAUUACGAAAAUAUGAAAGACGAUUAGAACAAGAAUUUCAUGACUUGCCCGAGUUAGCUGUCGAUUUAAUGCAAUACAUGCUCAUACUUGAUCCUUCAAUGAGAUACAACGCUGAACAAUCAUUACAGCAUCCCUUUAUUCGUGAUGCUCCAUCAACCCCUCAAAAUUUACCAAAUUUUCCAAGUCAGGAUUGCCACGAAUUAUGGUAUAAAAACUUAAAAAGACAGAAACGAAAGGAAGAAAGAUUAGAGGCCCAAUCAGGUAACAAAUCAGUUGUAGCAACGAAUAAUUCGUCAUUAGAAAGUGGCAGACAAUUCACAGUGCACUCAGCAAGAGGUAGCAACCAGUCAAUUGCUGGAUCGCAAGUGAAGCCAGCUAAUCCAGGAGGUAUACCUUCUUCAGGUAUUACUGUUCCUAAAUCUCCUCCACCACAUGGUACGGUAUGUGUAAUAUUCAUGAAGAGAAAAUGGCUUUUGUAG